CUGUUGAUGGCCCAGUUAGGGUUGAACCGGAUCUGGCUCAGUGGAAUGCUGUGAUGAACCAGGUUCCGUUCCCGACCCAUGGUCUCCAGAAGAAACCCACACAGACACGACAGCAACCCGGCCAGACACACCCCCCCCGUCGAGCCAGCCCCCCUUUAGUCAGAGGGCCUCCCCAGCCCACCUACCCCAUCACACUACCUCCACAACCCACCAACCUUCCCUUAUUUCCCCAUCAACUCGUUUACCCUCUCACCCAGCCACACCAGACCACCUUAGACUCCACCCUCACCGUGAAUAACUCCUCAGCAACCAGAGUGAAGGAGAAACUGGGUUUCCUUACCCUAGCAACAGAGGUUCCAGAAAGAAAGGGUCUCCCUGCCCCGGCUGUUGACAGAUGGGGUCUCCCGCCCAUGGCAGCAGGGUCUUUAGUGACCGGGCAGCAGCGCUUCCUGGAAGGACUACAGACGCCAUUUGACCUCAAGCUGACUGACCAACCAGGAGACCCAGGGCUCAGGAUGGUGGUCAUCGACGGGAGCAAUGUUGCCAUGAGUCACGGUCUGGGUAAUUUCUUCUCGUGUCGAGGAAUCGCCCUGGCCGUGCAACACUUCUGGAACCGCGGCCAUCGCAGAAUCAGCACCUUACUGCCCCAGUGGAGGCAGAAGAGAGACCCCCGGGUCAAAGAGCAGCACUACCUUACUGAGCUCCAGAACCUGGGUCUCCUCGCCUACACCCCUUCCAGAGAGGUCCAGGGGAAGAGGAUAAACUCAUACGAUGACAGGUUGAUGCUGCAGCUGGCCCAGAAGACGGAUGGAGUGAUCGUGACAAAUGACAACCUUCGAGACCUGCUGGAUGAGUCCCAUGAAUGGAGAGACAUCAUCAAGAAAAGACUCCUCCAGUACACGUUUGUAGGUGAUCACUUCAUGGUGCCUGAUGACCCGCUGGGCCGAGAAGGACCCCAUCUGGAUGACUUCCUACGCUCACUGCACAGGACUCCUGUCUCAGGCAGUCACUCAUUUGCGGGCACUGCCUCCACCCCCUUCCCCCAAGCUCCCAGGGCCCAGACAGAGGUCCUGAAGUUCAGGGACAGAACACCUGGUGUAGCUGUAGAGCCAGACUCCAGCCAGGCCCGCGGCAGAGGGAAAAGGAAGGGGCAGGCUAAGGCUGGAUACGGUAGCCCUGGAAUGGACCUUGUUCCAGGGAUGGGCCUUGGCCUGGAUAUGGAGAGGAGUGCAGCAGAGACCUCCAGACUUAGGGAGAGCUUAUCCCAGGUGUUCCCAGGACAAGACAGCAUUGUUACUCUGGUGCUGCAGUGUAACCCUACAGUGACUGACAUCAAUUCACUGUCACACUUUAUGCUGCAGCAACAGAUAGAGAGUGAGCAGGGGGGUGUAGACUGAGUGAUGGGGGGGAUGACGCGUGUGUGUGUGUGUGUGUGUGUGUGUGUGUGUGUGUGUGUGUGUGUGUGUGUGUGUGUGUGUGUGUGUGUGUGUGUGUGUGUUUGUGUGUGUGUGUGUGUGUGUUUGAGGUGGUAUUCCAGAAAAAAAAGACUAAUGUUUGAAGACCAAUAACUUUCUUUCUUCCUUUCUAUUCAGUCUAGUCCAUUGUGUGCAUAUUGAUGUAUUAAUGUAUAUUAUUUAAGUGUUUGAAUGACAGACAGACAGAUCUUCAAAUUAUGUUUCUUAAUAGAUUUUUAUCCAGUUAAUGUUGGAAACAGGACUUAAAUACUGCAAAACAAUUUUUAAAAUAUAUUUCGUACCCUUACAUUUUUAUUUUAUUUUUUGUAUCACUUCUGGCCACUGUUGGAUUUUGUGUUAGGGAUGAGUAGAGUUGCUGAAUUCAGUGUACAAUGUUAUCUAUUGAACAUGACAUUACAGCAUGGAAUUAUUAAGUUGGUGAUGCUCAACUUCCAAUGAAUAAUUUCAAACUCAGAAGUGUCGUACUUCAAUAGUAUAACUUUGUUAAUGUUAUUACAUGAACUGUAGUUUAAAGGAAUAAGACAAUUGUUUAUUUUUAUAUUGUAUUAUUUUUACCAUAAAUGCCGUUUGAAAUAGGAAUAAUAUUAUUGUAAGAAGAGUUAGAAAAUGCAUAUAAACCAUAAUAAGAAUUAACAAAUUGAACAAUCAUUAGUUGGUAAUAUUGAAAAAAUAUAAUCAAUCAAAUCUCAGUAAUCAAUCAAUUCAGGGGUGGCAGCGUAGCCUAGUGGUUAGAGCGUUGGACUAGUAACCGGAAGGUUGCAAGAUUGAAUCCCCGAGCUGACAAGAUACAAAUCUGUCGUUCUGCCCCUGAACAGGCAGUUAACCCACUGUUCCUAGGCCGUCAUUGUAAAUAAGAAUUUGUUCUUAACUGACUUGCCUGGUUAAAUAAAGGUAAAAAAAUCUAGAUAUUUAAAAAAAUCUACGAAUUACCCAAUUACACAUGUCCUCCUUGUGGGGACUGUUACAUUGAAUGUAACCCACAGAAUGUAAAUUCAAACACACGUUUGUCAUGUUAAGACAGUUGUUUACACUUAGAAAUAACAAGAAAAGUAAGUACAUUGAAUUAAAAACAUGGAAGGUGUUCUACAGGGGUUGUUUCUUGGUCCUGUACUUUGUACUGUUUACAUUAACAAAAUUUACUUGUCUGUUAAAUAAUUGUAACCUGCACUUGUAUGCCUAAAGUACUGUUGUUUAUGCUAUUGUUGACCAAGCACGGUUGACCAAGCUCUGUCUGAACUACAGUCUGCCUUCAUUGUAUUACAGAAAAACUUUAUUGACCUGAAAUUAGUAUUGAAUACAGGUAAAAGUAUAUGUAGUUCUCUAGAGCACAUAAACAUAGCUCUGUGUUAAGCAUAUGUACUUUGGAUGGUGUCAACAUUGAUUGUGUCCGUGCUUCUAAGUAUCUGUAUAGCUGAAAAGCUGUCUUUUAAAAAGCAUAUUCAUGAGUUAGUUAAGAAGCUGAGAAUAAAAAUGAGCUUCUUCUAUAGAAAUAGGUCCUGUCUCUCGAUUAAAUAGAGAGACAGGACCUGGGGCGGCAGGGUAGCCGAGUGGUUAGAGCGUUGGACUAGUAACCGAAAGGUUUCAUGUUCAAUUCCCCGAGCUGACAAGGUACAAAUCUGUCGUUCUGCCCCUGAACAGGCAGUUAACCCACUUCCUAGGCUGUCAUUGAAAAUAAGAAUUUGUUCUUAACUGACUUGCCUAGUUAAAUAAAGGUUUAAAAAAUCAAUUUCAAAAAGCAGAUUAUUCCUAGACUAUGGCAACAUCAUUUAUAUGAAAGCAGCUGCUACUUCAUUAAAGCCAUUAGAUGCCGUUUAUCAUAGCUCAUUGCGCUUUGUUUUAGUGCGACUAUUGUAAUGCUCAUCACUCUGCAUUCUCUACCAGAAAGUUGGUUGGCCCUUUUUGAUACAUUGCUUUGUUUUCAUUUAUAAAGCACUUUUACCAAAAGUCCCACUUUACCUAACGUCCUUACUGAACCUUUGACAUACGAGUUACCACACCUGGCCUUGGGGAUGGUUAACUCUGGGAAUGUAUUUGUUCUCUACUGAGUUAGGUAAAUCAGCUUUUAGUUUUCAUGCACCUUAUUUGUGGAACGAUCUUCAAAAUGUUCUUACAUGUGUUGUUUUGGUGCCUCUGUGGCAAUUCAGAAAGCUGAUUUUAGGACCUUAUUACUGAUGAAUGUGUUUAUUUGUUUUAUCACCGUGUAGUUUCUUUCCUUCUGCUUGCAUUAUGUAUUUAUAUUGAUGUGUGUAUUUUCUGUCAUUUAUGUAAUUCAGGGCUCAUAAAAUAAAGGUUAAAUAAAUGAAUAAA